GCACAGACGGCGACGUCGUGCACGGAGAAAGUGUUCGGUUAGAGAGCGAGAGUCCAAGACGUGAAACCGCUCGAGAAAAUCAGUUUAUCGCGAGUGCAUCCGCAGACAACAGUCAGGAUGAGGACGCAUUUCAUCCUGAUAGCUUGCUUGGCAAUAGCAAACGGGGCACUUUGUACUCAAGUGUAUGAAACGCCGAGUGACUCCUCGCAACAAUGGCAACCAUGGAAGAACCAAGACUCAAUUCAAGUCUCAACCGAGGAACAAGAGAAAUAUCAUCCCGUCACGUUCGACGCCCCCGAUACGCAACAGAAGGAAUUGCAACAAUCGUUGGUACAUAACGCGAAUAUUCAAUCAGGCGCCAGCGGAGUCGCCCAAGUACUCAGUGAACAAUCGAUUGAAUCUGUAAUCGACAACAUUCUCGUAUCCAAUCGACAGGGUCGCGAUCUCGAGGGUUACGAAGAAAUCUACUCUGAUCCUGAUGUAAAAAAUGCCCUUCAACUUGGCAACGAUACCAUCGCGCGCACCUACAUCAAGGACAAACUCUGCUCUUUCGGUUUAAUCAACUGCGAGGACACGGAAGGACGGCGUCCUUACUAUUCCCCACAUCGCGACAUUUAUCCACACGACGUCAUUUACGCUCAACCGGUGACUAUUAAGCCGGUGGGCCGUCCACUUCCGGCUGUACCCGUCAAAAGGCCUUACGGCCCCGCGAAACCAGUGCCACUGCCUCCAAGUUUCGGCUCUCCAUUGGGACCCAACGUGUAUCCUGGACCAGGACCGACGUUUGGUAGGCCCCCAACUGGCUUCGUUGGACCUUAUCCUGGAUACAAGAAACCCGCUUUCCCUCCUCCAUUCGCGUCCAAACCUAUAUACGAAUCUAGCGAUAUUGAACAUGACUUCGAGGACAAGUUCAUCGACAAGAAACAGGUAGUUCUGCAUCAACCGGGCUCCUCGGGAGUUCAGCAACACGUUCACCAUCAUUAUCAUCACGGAGAAACUAGCGUAAACUCUGGCAUCGCAUCCAAUCCCGUUGUAAUCCCAUCGUCUCCUGUGCUCGCUGGUGGCGGAGGACUGGGCAACUAUGGCUACGGAAACGGGGGUACUUAUGGCAGCUCGUUCAACGAUUUCGAGGAUUACAAGAAAGCGUUCAAGAUCAAAACAUCCGCGAGCAACAGCGGUCCGUCUGUCUCCUCCGAGAAGGGCUACGCUAAUCGUUAUCCCGUUUACGAAAAGCCGAAUGGCAAGCAGUUCAGCGGACAAUAUGGUUCCAAUAAUCAGUUCGCGGGUAACGGUAAUUUCCUGAAUAACGAUUAUCAGUUCAACAACGGUGAUAGCAACUAUGGUGCCGCGUCCUAUGAGGAUUGCGUGUGCGUACCGUACGAUCAAUGCGCCACGAACAAUCACGUGGGCCGCAAGGACGAUCUCUACCUGGCAAUUGAUCCGCGCAAUCUUGACAAGGACAUCGAGGCCGAAACCGUCGAGGUAGUGAUCACCGAUGGAAACGGCACUAUGAGCGUCGUGCGAGUGCCUAAGGGAGCAAACGAGACUGAGCAGAUCGAACAGGCGAGAAACGAGCAGACGAAGGAAGCCGAGGCGAAAGUUACAAAACGGAAUCGCAGGGAUGUCAAGCACGCUCUCAAGAAGGACAACAAGCAGAUAGAAGAAAGACUGACGGUGGACAAUCUGGACACCUCGAAACUGAACGUCAAGCCGACCUGGGGCGUCAGCUUCGGCCUACCGCAGACCGGUGGUCCGAUCGCGCCCCAUCCUGGUAAUCCCCUGGGGAUCCCGGGGUACACGCCAGGCUAUGGGCCAAUUGGUGGACAGGGCAUAAAUCUAGGUCCGGUUUCCGUGAAUCCCCUCGUAGCGGUGCAAGUUACCAAAGACGAGUACGGCGAGAAGGUCGUUAAGCCAUACGUAAAUCUCCACGUGACACCCAAUCCAGGACUUAUUCACAAACUAGGCCAUCUGCUGGCUUACAAGAAGUACGGCCUAUACGGCGGGCAUUACGGUGGACACGACGCGGUUUACGCUCCCCAUUAUCACACGCAUCACGAGAAACCGAUCUAUCAUUAUCCGUCGAGACCUCCGUUCUAUCCGUCCUACGGCGUUCAUCAUCACCAGGGCGAGCACUAUCCGACGUAUCACAAACCUCACGGCGGAUAUUAUCCUUCCUACGAUAAAGACGAUAAUGACGACGAUGAUUACGAUUAUCCGGACGAUUACUCGGACGAUUACUAUAGGAACGCUCGCGCGAAAGAUAGACAGUCCUCGAAGGAUUCUUCAACCGAUGAACGACGGAGUGGGAAGAUUACCUUCUCAGAUAGAAGGAAACGCGAUACGUUUAACGAAACGGGGUCAGAGAGACGAUACGACGGACGCCCGGCGGUUUGCGGUUCUCAUCACGUCUGCUGCCAGAAAUCGCACAUAAUAGGAGCACGCCCGCGACCCGGUCAAUGCGGAGUUAGGAACACACAAGGCAUCAAUGGCCGCAUCAAGACCCCGGUCUACGUCGAUGGAGAUUCUGAAUUCGGUGAAUAUCCGUGGCAAGUUGCUAUCCUGAAGAAGGAUCCUACCGAAAGCGUCUACGUCUGCGGAGGGACAUUGAUUUCAUCGCGUCACAUCAUCACCGCCGCACAUUGCGUGAAGACUCACGCCGGUCGUGAUCUUCGCGCUCGAUUGGGCGAAUGGGACGUGAAUCACGACGUCGAAUUCUACCCCUACAUAGAACGCGACAUCGUCAGCGUUUACGUGCAUCCCGAAUUUUAUGCCGGUACUCUCGCAAACGACAUCGCCAUUCUCAAACUGGACCACGACGUCGAUUUCGGAAAGAAUCCUCACAUUAGCGCAGCCUGUCUGCCGGACAAACACAAUGACUUCUCAGGAGCAAGAUGUUGGACCACCGGCUGGGGCAAGGACGCCUUCGGCGACUACGGCAAGUAUCAGAAUAUACUGAAGGAGGUGGAUGUACCUGUGGUGAACAAUCGCGUCUGCGAGCAGCAGAUGAGACGGACGCGGCUCGGGCCCAGCUUCAACCUGCAUCCUGGCUUCGUCUGCGCCGGUGGCGAGGAGGGCAAGGACGCUUGCAAGGGCGACGGUGGUGGCCCAAUGGUCUGCGAGCAUCACGGUCGAUGGCAACUGACCGGGGUGGUUUCCUGGGGCAUCGGCUGCGGUGAGGCCGGCGUCCCCGGAGUUUACACGCGCGUCUCCCAUUAUCUCGACUGGAUCCGUCAGAUCUCAAUCGAGCAGAGAAAAAUCCGGUCGACGAUUUCUUGCAAAUUAACGCCAAUUUCACCGGUUACGAUGCCCAUAAAAUUCAUCGGUCGCACGACAGAUUUUAAGGGGAAACCCUUAUGGGAGAUUCUGGGAAAUUUGAAGGACUUCGGUGUCGGGAGGCUCGUGAUAAGGAAUCGCUUCCAAAGGUAUCCCGAGCCCUGUUACAUGAAGAUACUGAAAGUCGCAGCGAUGCCCCCGCCCGACAAGCCUCAUACCGACCGUAAAGUCAUAGUACUUGUCGAGAGAGUUUUCCGCGGUUUGAAAAGCCCAAAACCUGUUCAGAUGGACUCUGCGACUUACAAGGCUGAUUAUAUGUUGGUACCCAAGGAUCAGGAGCAUUUGUAUCUCGAGAACAACAAGUCGCCAGAGGAGAAAAUCUUGCCUAGAACGACAGAUCUGCCACCGUUGCUUUCGCAAAUCAUAGCACGUCAGAUGAAGGCGAGAGGAGAUAAAGUGUCCGAGGAGCCAAAAUUGACUCUUAAAUAUAACUUUGAGGGGGCAAGCAUUAAGAGUUACAGAUUAGCCGAGGAGGGUGAAAGUCCUACGGUGAAACUGAAUUUUAGCGUAGACGAGUCUAGUGUUUUUUUUCCAAAGUUAGAAGAGACUACAUCUAAGUGAGAGUAUAUAUUUUAUAGAAUUAAAAGAAUAAGUAUCUGACGAAUAAAUUCUGAAAAGUUAUACAAUAAA